AUGGACUCCGGCCCAAUAAUCCACACUGGGCUGUUCACAUCGACUGAACUCCUCUCACAGCCAUGGCUACCGGAUCUCACCCGCAUGAUCAACGCAAGCUAUAUGGUCAGCCACACCAACAAGAUCAAGUACCUCGAAAACAAAGUUAGACUUCGGACCGACAGCGAACUCUCCGAAGAACUGGGUGCAGACGGUUUCACAGCUGUGGCGUUUGUCUCCGGUGACACAGACGAAAAAGCCCAAGUCAUCGGCACCGCAAGCAUGAAGCCCUGGAAAGAUGAUGGGCUCUGGAACCCCCUCGACCACGACGAUGCUAGCCAGGAUCCCACGAAAGAGAAAAUCAACAGUGAAAUGGAGCAGAUUCUUCAGCACUACGCCUGUCCGGGGGACUAUGAGCUUUCCGUGGUGGCACUUCCACCAGAUCCCCGUUUCCGCGGGAAAGGUAUCGCCGGGCGGCUGGUGAAGGCGUGUGAAGAGGAGAUUUUGCGACGUCGGAAACAUGAAGCUGAUGGUGAAAGGCCUGUGAGGAUUAUGAUUCGGGUGUCGAAAGAAAAUGCUGGGGACUAUUGGCUCAAGCAGGGAUUCAAGACUGUGGGUAGCCGAAAGUGUCCCAAGGGUUUCUGGGAUUCACUCGAGGAAUUUACCAUGUGGGCCAUGAUCCGUGAGCUUCAUCCCCAAUAG